AUGGACUCACCAUUGCAAGAACUUGGGCUUUUAGCGAUGGCGUCUACAGACCUUUACAGAUCAGCCCUGUCUGUUGUUAACAGACGCAACACGAUUACUGGAGUCGUUUACAAGAAUGACCCGACAAUUAUGGCGUGGGAACUGAUGAAUGAGGCAAGAUGUACUUCAGAUCCAUCAGGCAGGACUAUUCAGGCCUGGAUACAAGAGAUGGCUUCUUAUGUGAAGUCCAUUGAUCAAAAUCAUUUGCUAGAAGCUGGAUUAGAAGGUUUUUAUGGUCGAUCGUCAAAACGAAUGACCGGUAUAAAUCCGGGUUCUAACCUCGGGACUGAUUUUAUAACAAACAAUUUGAUUCAUGAGAUCGAUUUUGCGACCGUCCACUCGUACCCGGAUAUAUGGCUGCCGAGCUUCAGUGAACAACAGCGGCAUUCUUUCCUAAACAAAUGGCUCAACACGCAUAUUCAAGAUGCUCACGCUAUUCUGGGGAAGCCCCUUCUCUUUGCGGAAUUUGGGAAAUGUUCGAAAGAUCGAAAUUUCGAGCCCAGCCAAAGGGACAAGUUCUUCUACUUGGUGUAUUCGAGGAUUUAUAAAUCGGCCAGUCGAGGUGGAGUGGCUGCAGGUGGCCUUUUCUGGCAGCUUUUGGCGGACGGCAUGGAUUCUUUUCAAGACGGCUGUGGAAUAAUCCUCGACAAAGAUCGUUCGACUGCCAACGUGAUAGCCCACGAGGCUUUCAAGAUGUACCGUGUUCGAAAAACGUUUUCGAGGGUGAUGAGGUACCGAAUGUGGAGUCGGGCUCGGGCGAGGAGGAACCCGUGA